CUCAUUUUUGUACAGUUGUACCCUAUGUUUCUGAUCUCUCAUGCACUAAAACCCCACUUAUUUUAACUUUUAUCUAUCUGAAUUACUAUUUUCUUCAAUCUCCCAAGGGGGUGGACCAGAGUGAAAUUGCAAGAGGUUUUUUUUUUUUACUAUUACAUGAUUUGAGCUCACUAAGGGUUUCACGGUAAACCUAGUGCAUAUAUAAAAUGGAGAAAGAAGAAAACUACUCAGGUUCCAUUCCUGGAAAUUUCACAGGACUUGACUACACACUAGAACAUCAUCAGCAGAAUCAGCAUCCACAGCUGAUGAAGCCACAGAUUGGAGAAGUAUCGGGUGACGAUGGCAGUAAUCAAAUGGUGGAUUACAUGCUCCACAACACUGCUCAGCAACAGCCUAUGUCUUCUGGCUUUUGUGGUUCAACUUCUUUAGAUAAGUUGAGCUUUGCUGAUGUGAUGCAAUUUGCCGAUUUUGGUCCAAAGUUAGCCUUGAAUCAAGCAAAAACUCCAGAGGAGGAAACUGUCUUGAAUGAUUCAGUUUACUUCCUUAAAUUUCCGGUCUUGAAUGAGAAGUUGCAGGAUGACCGUGAUCAUCAAGCCCUUAUGAUUCCUCGACCUAUCAAUGAAGAAAGCAACUCUAAAGUAGGGGAAGAAGGUGAUCAAAGACCUGAUCAAGAUCAAGCCCGGGGUUUCGGAAACACAUCAGUUCAACUGCAAUUUCUUGGUGAUAACCGAGAAAAGAGUCCUUUAACAACAGAAACUAAGAACAAGAAAAAAAGAUCUAGAACUAUCAAGUCGAGUGAAGAAGUUGAGAGCCAGCGGAUGACUCACAUAGCAGUAGAAAGAAACCGUAGGAAGCAAAUGAAUGAACAUCUUCGAGUUCUUAGGUCUCUCAUGCCUGGCUCAUACGUGCAAAGGGGAGAUCAAGCAUCAAUAAUUGGCGGGGCAAUUGAGUUCGUAAGAGAAUUGGAGCAACUUCUUCAAUGUCUAGAAUCACAAAAAAGGAGGAGGCUAUAUGGAGAUGGUCCAAGACCAAUAGGAGAUUCAUCAUCAUCAAUUCCAAUUCAGCAACCUCAACCCCCAUUUUUUCCUGGCAUGCCUCUUUCUAGUGAUCAAAUGAAGCUUGUUGAAUUGGAAACUGGACUACAUGAAGAAACAGCUGAGAGCAAGUCAUGCUUGGCUGAUGUUGAGGUGAAGCUCUUAGGGUUUGAUGCAUUGAUCAAGAUAUUGUCUAGAAGAAGACCUGGACAGCUUAUUAAGACCAUUGCUGCCCUUGAGGAUUUGCAGCUCAAUAUUCUUCAUACCAACAUAACCACAAUUGAACAGACUGUUCUAUAUUCUUUCAAUGUCAAGGUAGCAAGCGAAGCAAGGUUCACAGCUGAAGAUAUAGCAAAUUCCAUUCAACAAAUUUUCAGUUUUAUCCACGCAAACAGCAGCAUAUGAUGAUGGCGUUUAAUUUAUAUGUGACUAGAGUUGAAUGAUUUUUCUCUGUAGCUUGUACGGUGUAUUGAACAUGUUUUCAGUUUUCCUUUGUGGGCUCAGCUAAAAACUGGCUAGGAGUGUGUAGUACCUCUAUUGGUACAAAUUACAAAAUACAGUACCUUGAAUUGAUUU